AGAGAGGGCGAAUGGAGGGAAGGAGGGGGGAGAGAGAGACACUGAGGGAGAGAAGCAGAGAGAGGGAAGGCAGGCAACAAAACUUUUCACUUGUGAGGAAUCCACGGAGAAAAACGCGUGUGUGUGUGCGUGCGUGUGCGCGUGCGUGCGUGUGCGUGCUGGAGCGGCCACCAUGCAGGAGGAGUCUGGGGAGAAAGAAACCAAUUACAGCAAUGGCAAAGCAGCACGGCUGUGCCCUUUGUGCCAAAAAGGCCAAGAAGACCAAGCCUCCCUGUCUCGACACCUCACUGAGCAACACAAUGUACUUCCAACAUGUGUUGACAAGCUGUUAGGCAUUUCUGUUUUGAAACAGCGUGCAAGGGAAGAAGAGAACGAAAGUGCUCUCCUAUCUUCAGCUGCAGUUUGUACACAAGUGAGGCCAUCCGACGACAUCGGCUCCAAAAUCUGCCGGCCUCGUUUCGACGUACCUCGGCAACAUCGUGAUAAAGAGAUGGAAGAAGACGGAAUGUUGGAUCGGGAGAGGAGUGAAGCUGAAACGGAGCCAGAAGAGCCCGAAGAGGAUGCAAAUGAAAUGACGGGAGCAGCCAAGCAAAGCGCCGCUGAAAAUGACGAGACGGCAGACAAGAGUGGAAAUCCGGCCGGUAAAAAUGGCGUGCCUGCCGAAAAUGGCACUCAGUUCAAAUGCAACGCCUGUCAGGAAAGGUUUCCCAGCAAAACGGCCCUGAGUGUUCAUUAUUACUCUGCGUCCCAUAUUCAGAGAAUGACAACAAUACAAGGUGGGGAAAGUGAUCGUCCAGCUCCUUCCAGCCCUGCUCUUCCUCGGCCAUACGUAUCAAACAAACCCUACCAGUGCGCGACGUGCCGGGUCUCCUACAAUCAUGCCAUCACCCUGGAGAGUCAUAUGAAAUCCGUCUUGCACCAGACACGCAGCAGAAAUGCGGUGAACAAUGCAGGUGGCCCUGGCAGUGGUGGAAGCGGCAGUGCCGGUACUCCAAAGACCACCGCGAGUACGGCGGUGACCAACGCUAACUGCGCCACCACUGCGGCCGUGAUGGUGUCGAGAGACGCGGAGAACAUCCAAACGUCUCCCUCCCUCGUUGCCGCCCCUGUGGCCUCGGCUCAGGCUGUCUCAGCCUUUCUCACCCUCCUCACAUCCAGCCCGAGUACUCUCCCUCACCCCCUCCUCCCGUCCCUCUUUGCGCCCAGCCAGCCCACCGGUGCCGAUCCAUCUCAAAUUGUGCCUCAGCCCCACAUGGUCUUGCCAUUGAUCUUGAACGGGCUCCAAGCCCAGCAAACCCAGCAGUCUCCAGAGAACCAGCAAGGACAGCUCCUUACCCAGUGUGUGCCAUUUGUAGGUCUCAAUGCAGCACAGCAAGCCCUCCUGACCCAAAGACUUAGUUUAUUACAGAACCAGUGGGCCCCUGUUGCACCACCAAGUCAUUCACCAGCAGUUGGGGAGAGGGCGAAACAGGAAAUGAUUGAAAAGCCCUUGGAUCAGGUCAAGGCCAAGGACAGCAUAAAAACAGAAGAACCUGAGGAAGAGGGUCCCGAAGUCGAAAGCAAAGCGCUCGAUGAGGUGAACGAAGACGUUUGGAAGACACCUGGAGAUAGCGGAAGCUUGGCCCGUCACGCGGAUGUGAAAAAUGAGGACUCGGCAAGUCUAGGUUUCUCUCCGCUUGCCGUAGAGAAGAGCCUCCAUGAUAAGUUCCUCUCACCUUCCCCGUCGAUGGUGAGUAACCCACGCUACAGCCCUCCUCAUUUGAAGCUCACGCUUAGCCCCGAUUCUACUCCACAAAAAUCACAGAGAGCAACGAGUCCUUGUGGAUCUGUUGGUACCGCCAAAUCCAGUCCACUUUCAAAUGCCUUAAGCAGCCAAUAUCGACUCCAUUGCAAUAGCGUGGGCUCCGUUUAUCCGGAACUUCCAGCCUUGUCAGAAUUUCAGUCAGAGGUGCUUUGGGCUUUUUUCGAGUCGCGGAGCGAGACCGAUGCCGCUAGCCCUCUCCGCGAGGACUGCGAGGCGCUGGGAAGAGAGGUCGGGCUGUCGGAGGAGGACGUACGCAAGUGGCUUUGCCAAGCCAGAUAUGCCAAACAGAGAAAGCGAGCCUCAGAGCUGGCCCGUCACCAAGGCUCGUCAUCGUUUGUACCCAGCACGCAAAGCAGCGACAAUGACUUUGAUGACGACGAAAGCUCCCUCGUUAUAGCGGAAGAGGAGGGGGAGGAGGAGGAGGAGGAGGAGGAGGACGCCGACGUGUCGGCUAGUCAGGCCAUUGAUUUGUCUUGUACGAGAAAGCAGCACAGGCCCAAAGGUGUCGGGAGAGAGGGCCAGGGAGAUUCCUGUCUGACCUCUGACUCCGAAAAUGAGCUGUACACUUCUGUGAUCGUGACGGACGAGGAAAGUCAGAACGCGGCUUUCCGGGAGGCCCCGGACAGCCCCGCCAAAGAUGAAGUGCGACACGAGGCGCACGCUGAAAAGGGCUCGUUUGGGGGGAAAGUCUUGCGCUCCACGACCGUCUUUCUCUCCGACGCAGAGGAUGACGACGAAGAUGAGGACGGUGGGGCGACUAAUAAGUCGGGCAAGAAGAAAAGGAAAGGAGAGUUUGAACAUGAGGUGGAGGUGAAAAAGGAGAGACUGGAUCCUGAUGUGGACCUGGAGUUGGAAGCCCAAGGGGAUCCCCCAGGUUCUCUGCCCUACUCUCUGGAGCAGCAGCAUCCAAGCGGUGCUUUACACUCGCUCCCGCUAUCGCUCGCUCCCUUCUCCACUCAAUUCCUGAGCCCUUAUGUCCUCUCACUGACGACGCCGUCGUUAGUUGGAAGCAAAGUACCCGUCUUUUCAAACUCGCCCGCCGCCGCGCAAUUCUCCAGCUCUCUCCUUUCUCAAUCGCCCAGUCCCAUGAGCCAAUCCUCCCAAUAUUUAGCCAACGGCGGUGACUGUGAGACUGCGCUGGACCUUAGCAUGGGGAGAUGCAAUUCGUCCUCAUCUCAGGUUGAUAACAUCUCAGCACAGAAAGGGCAGUUGCUGGAUGGUCUCGGCUUGAGGCCAACAGCUCAAGGUUUGGUCGUGGUUCAGGUUAAACCUGAAUCCCUCGCCGCCAUGCCUUCCUCGUAUCGCCGUGUGAAUCUGGUCAAUAGCAAUAACUUGACAAAGGCCAGCGUUUACACCAGGCCGGACGAGAAAAUAAAUGCCGCCGCCGCCGUGUGUGAAAAUGACAAGGAGAAGGAGCAAGAACAGCAGCAAAGGAAGGCCAAAGGGAAAAGGUAUCGCGAUAUGCGCCGUUCUCGGACCAUCAUUCAAGCCGAGCAGCUGGACGUACUGUACGGAUGCUAUUUCAAAGAUCCCAACCCCGGGAAACAAGAGUUUGAGCAAAUCUCCGAAUGGGUUCACCUUCCCAAAAAAGUGGUUCAGAUCUGGUUCCAGAACAUGCGGGCGAGGGAGCGCAAGGGUGAGGUCCGAUUCAUCAGCGACGGCACCCUGGCGGCGGUGGGGAAACCGCUCAUCAAAUUUACCUGGCCGCUCUCAAAGCCCAUUUUUUCAAACAAGCCCGUCGAGGACAACCGGCGCUUCAUCGCCACCGCUCCCAUCGUGCGCACCCUCAUCAAGAGCGAGCGGAAACCUGUCCUGGUGAAAAAACACGCCCCUGUUCCGAUCAAGCCCAAGGAGGUGGUUUCGGCCACCGCGCUGGGGGGCGGCGGCGGCGGCGCUGCCUCUGUGAUGUCAAAGGCCAAGCUCGAAGGCACCAGCGGCGUCACCGCGCUCAAAGUUGCGUCUAGCGUCGUGCCCACCCUUUUAGCGCCUCCCGAGGAUCCCGUUCCCAUUGCCUCUCGACUGAAGAACUUGGAGGAGGAGAGCGAGGAGGAAAGAACCGACGAGGAGGCGGACGACGAGACCGAGACGGCACCUCGCUUGACCAACCGCAUGGUGCCCAAGCUGCCCACCAUGCCCAUGGAUAACAGGCCCCCUUCCGCGUCUCCCCACAAAGCAAACGGCCUUAGCUACUGGAACCCAAAAGCCUCCAUCAGGAUCAACACGCUGUCGCGCGAGCAACUGGCUCUUCCCGCUCAUCCGCCUCCCCGCACCAUCCCCCCUCCUCCCACCCCCAGCAUCGCCCCGGUCAGUCCCAACUCGGCCAAAGUGGCCCGCUCGGCCACCCCGGUCCUGGGAAAGUCCAGCCCCACGGACAACAACUUUCUGGCCCAUUCUUCGAGUCGUCGGCCGCGCACGCAUCUAUCCUGCCUGCAGCUCUCCAUUCUGCAGUCCUGCUACGAGACCUGCGCCCACCCCAAUGCCAUGGAGUGUGAGGCCAUUGGUGGCGAGCUUAACCUGCCCCUGAAGGUGGUGCAGAUCUGGUUCCAAAACACGAGAGCGAAGGAGAAGCGCUGGAGGCUACAGCAAGAAAAACUGGGUUCUCAAGCCGGGGGGAAGGUGUCGAUGAGCUCGGGAAGUUACCUGCAGUACAACGCUCUGAAAGCCAACCGUCCCAUCCUGCCCAAACCGGUUCAGCUGACCAUCACAGAGACUUCCCUGGCAAGCGGCCAGUCUGCACCCAACGAAACGCUGACGGGCUGCUGUGAGGUCUGCAAGGUUUCCUUUGAAUCGCGGGCGGCGGCGAGGGCCCACGUCUUCUCGUCGCUUCACCUGGCCAAGCUACGCACCACUAACUUUGGCCAGCCCACCGCCCUGGUCAACAAGAACGGAACUGCCGCCGGAGGUUCGGGCGGCGUCAACCUGAACUUGCAGGUCGGCCAUUCUUCUUCGGUCAGCGGUUCUGCUUCCGGAGGGGUGGUUGUCAUCAAGGUGCCCCCAGCCACGGCUACCAGCAGCAGUUAAAAGAAAAUUCAGAUCAGGAUUGGUCUGCACACUAACUUUGGACCCAUUUGGGCUCCUCCACUUUUAACAAACACCUUUUGAGCACUAUUCCUCACCACCUAACUUAAUUUUUUGCCCUUUGAAGUUGGCUUUUUCUCCUCCCCCAGCACCCAGUUUCCCCUUUGUAAUGACUCCAAUGGACACGUUGGUGAACGUCACCCCGAAUCAACACCAAACAGUUCCCCUGCUGCUACUGAUUUAAUCAGUUUGCCAUGUGAGUGAUGGAUGAUGCUUUUUGAACUCAUCUCACCCUUUAGCGAAACACCUUUUGAUUUCAACGACCUUCCUACGACGCUCUGGAGGGGCGUGAAUUGAAAAGACUGAUGGCGACGCUUUUUAACCGCCGUGUCACUCGCUGGGCUAACAUGGAAUAAGUCCCACUUUGCUCCCAUGGAAUAUUUUGGGGAUGGAAUGCUGUCACUUCCCGGGCAAAGAUUGGUUCUGUACGAGAGGAAUGGACUCAAUUAAUGUGAUGCGUUUUUGACGGUGGCUUUUAUUGAUUUGCUACUGGUUAUAUGAUCUAUGGACUAUUGCGUAUAUGUCGUACGUUUGGGAUACAAUAGAGGUACUAAGAGAGUAGGGCUUUUAAACCCCUUCCCUCCCACUGCAACCACCCCCCAUUGCCAUGUUUAUAGUUUAUGGUCAUGACAAUCCAGACAAAAAAAAACAACUUCUAAAAAUUGCAAAGAAUCUUGGCAUACCGCACUUUGACGCAUAUUACAUUGAAAUGUUUUGAAGCAUUCUAAUGCCAGUGUCUUUUUAUGGAAAGAUGCAUUCAUGCAUGUUGGAUGCCUUAAUAUAUAUAUCUAUUUUUUCUUGCUCGUCUCUUGAGUCACGCUUUGGGUGUAAACGUAAUAUUGGCCAAGAAGCAAAAGCUUACGGCAUAUGGAAGUGAAAUUAAGCGCUGUCCCUAAUUUACACAUCUAUAUGAAUGUCAUUCUUUUGAUAGAACAUGAGCAAAUCCUGCCUCGGAAAUCUUUGCCAGCUUUUUCCUCAGCCCAGGACAAAAAAACAACAAGGUCCAACUCAUGUGGGUGUACUUCAAGCAAUCCAUUUGCCCGCCCUAAAAAGUUUGGAAUAAUGGGCAGAGCCAAAAACGCAUUAUAUAUCUUAGAGAUGAAAUGAUUUUGUCCUUUUUUUUAACUUUUCAUUGUGCAGCACUCUUCAGCGUUUUAUCGUUUUUUGGCCACGGCUUGGUGUUUUAUUAUAAGCAUGAAUGGCAGAAUUCACAAAAGGUUGGAUCACAAUUGAUUGACGAUAUUUAAGAGCGCAUGACGAGUAUCUUGCCAUUGCAACAAAUUCAUCUCAAAAGGAUCUUAAGACUGAAUGUCAUCAGCAAAUUGCAUUUCAUGGGUUAAUCACCUCUGGUGACUUUUGCCAUUCAGCUUCUCGUGUAGUAUUAAUACUGAAACACUGAGCAGUUGCACACGUGAACCUUGAAAAGUUUCAACUUCCAAUUUGGUCCACAUAUAAAUAUGAAAUCUAUUUUGAGUAGUGUAUGCCGCUAUAAUAAAAAAAAAAAAAGCAACAAAUCUUUAUAAUAUAUUCUUUUCAAAAAAAGAGUUUCACUGCAAGUGUGGAAGGGCCAAUAAAAUUUGAAAGGCAUGAGUGCUUCUUCAAAUCCCUCCCCCCCCUACCCCACCACCACCACCACCACCACCACCUCUUGUUCAUACCUAGCCUGGUAAUGCACAUGCUGUGAAAUGCGAUGUGAUAUGUGCAAACCAAACAAGGGAGGAAAUUGGCUUUCACCAAUAUCUUGCAGGCCAAUUGUGGAUAUUCCAUUCUUGCAAUGUAUCGUUUUGACUGAGAGCUAGAAAGAUGGUGCUGUGUUGAAGGACACAACUCACUUGAGAGCUUUUUCCUUCCAUUUGAAUUUGUAUAUUAAUGUUAUAGUUUUAACUCAAAUGCAGAACUAAAAGGAACUUUUUGUAAAUGAUAUAUAUUAAAAAGUGAUAUUCCAAAGUAACCUUUUUUGUGUCAUUUAAAAAACAAAAACAAAAACAACCAAAAAGCAAUCAAGAGGUGUUCACAAAUGCAAACUGUAAAGGACAUCCCACGGCUUGACUCUUGCACUAGUUCACAAUAUUUGCACAAGUUACAGACAUUUCAAAAACGACAGCCAUGGAUGCAACAUGACGAGUGAAUCGGUGCGUGGCAGUGUUCUUUCAUGACUUCAACACUUUUAGUCUGUCGGGAUUCAUCUUGUACGCGUGUGUUGGGAUGUCAAGACUGGGAUGAUACACAGAAAGGCGGUGUUGCACUGUCCAAAUCAAAUGGGUUUUUAUGGAGAUCUGCUUUUAUUAUCUUACAUUUCAUUGUCAAGUUGAUUAUCACUAUCAUUAUAACUGUACUACAACUUAUUGAAUUGACCAUUACUACUCAUGCUGUUUUGAUUUAUUCCUUCUUGUUUUCAUGCCACCUCUCUGCUCCGACUGAGCAUGUUUUUCCUCUGAAUAUUGAACAAUAAUAGUGGCAGUGUUGUUAUGUGUUGUUAGACCUCUGAUUAGGUUUUUUUUCCGCCCCUUCCUCACUGUACCUUCCUUGCCUUUUGUGUUUGGUCUUCAUUAUGCUUUCUUUGAUAUACAGAAAAAUAAAAUCAGAUGAACCUGGGAAA